UGCGUGGGUACUAGAUGAAACAGGAGAAGAGCGAAACAGAGGCAUCACAAUGGAUGUGGGGAAGUCACAGUUUGAAACGAAUAGUAAAAUUUGUAUUUGUCAUAGGUGACGUUGCUGGAUGCUCCGGGACACAAAGAUUUCAUACCGAACAUGAUAGCAGGAGCGGGUCAAGCAGACGUUGCUGUAUUGGUAGUUGAUGCAACAAGGGGUGAAUUCGAAACAGGUUUCGACUAUGGUGGUCAGACGCGGGAACAUGCUCUUCUGGUGCGUUCACUGGGAGUGAGUCAACUGGCCGUCGCAAUUAAUAAAUUAGAUACAGUAAACUGGUCCAAGGAACGAUUUGACGAAAUUAUUCAGAAAUUGAAGGUGUUUCUAAAACAAGCCGGAUUUAAAGAUAAUGACGUUGCAUUUGUACCGUGCAGCGGCCUUACUGGUCAAAAUUUAGUCGUUAAACCUACCCAAAAGGAACUUAUCGAAUGGUACCAAGGACCCACUUUAAUUGAGGUCAUUGGUAAGUUCAUAAAAUACAUUUAAGUAUCAAAA